AUGUCCCUCAAGGACAUCGGAAAGUACGAUGUGUCCGAAGAAGCGCAAGCUCUCAAAGACAAACUAGCAAGCCAAGACACCGAGAAUGCGGGCCUGCGAAGCCGCCUAAUGAAGAGAGAGGCAGAAUUACAUGAAAUAAAGACAUCCUUAAACGAAACAUUGUACAAGCUCAGCGCAGAGGCCGAUCGCGCUCUCAAGCUUGAAAGCGAUCUGGCGUGUCGUUCAGAUGAGCUUAAGAUCGAGAAAGUGACCUCUAGGAAUGCAGAGAUUGCACUUGUUGCUGCACAGGACAGACUGAAAGCUGAGGAACGAGCAGCACGGCAGCUCGAGGCAACGCUUGACACCAUGUCUUGUCAGUCCGAUUCAGUUAGGGCUCAAACUUUGAAGCUGGAGGCAGAGAAGCGAACCAUGGAGUCUCGCGUACGUGAACUAGAGAGGAUGUUGCAGAACAUGGAAAUGCAACCGGCAGCUAAUUCUCGAUUACCGCAGCGAGGUGGGAGGCCUCGGUCUUCCUCUGUGGCUGGUUUCAGAUCACCAGCAUUGGAGCGAGAACUAAACGAUACCAAGGCUCUCCUGGCAGAGAAAGAGAAGAGCUUACGUGACAUAGAAAUGAAACUUGCUCGAGCUCAGGAAGAUCUUGUCAAGUCGCAAAAUACACAAUUUUCGGCGGAGAAGACUAUGCAGGCCCGUAUCGCGGAGCUCGCGGCAAUAAUAGAGGACAAGGAUGAGGAGCUGGAGGUGACGCGGGGAAGCACAAUGGAGAGGGAGGAAGAGCUGCUGAAGAGGAUAGACGAAGACGAAGCGAAGAUAGAGACAUUGGAGAGUCUCCUGCGCGCGCAGCAAACAGGACCCACACAGGCGGCGUACGAUAAGCUGCAGAGAAGGCUACGUGCGGAGUCGGACAAGCUUACCUGCUCGGAGAAAAGAGUGCGAGAUCUCAUGGAGGAGAAAAAUGUAGCACAGGACGCAUGCGCCACUAUACGUCAGGAGCUUGACAGAGCGGAGCGGCUGUUCCAGGACAGUGAGAACCGCGUAAAAGCUCUGAAGGUCAUCGAAAGGUGUGUAGUCCUUAGCUAUCAGCCCAGCAUAUCGCUGAAUUUUGAACCAGUGGAUUGCAACAAGAGCUUAUGGAUCUCCGGUGCAAUCUGGAGUCGACGGCCACUAACCAGGAUCAUAUGGAUAUCGAUGUUGAAGACAUCCGAUCUAACUUCGACAGCAGCUUCCUAUCCCCAAAUUGCUCUACCCCGGUGCCACCGACCAAGACCAACAGUUCUGCUCACCCUGAUGAAGCGACGCUCGCCAAUUACAUUGAAACAUUGCUCAGGGCUGUAG